AUGGUACAUGAGCUGCUCAGAGCCUACAAGAUUGGACUGACAUUGUCAGGCGAAUCCGGCCUGGAUGGUGUCACGUUACUCCCACAGCCUAUCGAGCCAGCGGUGACCGGUGUGAACUACCUCGAAGCCAUGUACAAGGCCCUCAUAUCAACGCCGCUGGAUACUGCUUGGCUGGUAUCGACCGGUACUUUGACCAACAUUGGCUUGUUGUUUCAGAAGUACCCCGACCUAGCAGGACACCUCAAGGGCUUGUCAAUAAUGGGAGGGGCUGUUGGGGGCGGCUUCACAAAUGCACCAAUGGGCAAAGUGAAGGGCGAGGGCGAACGCUUCGGAAACUGGACUGCCUAUGCCGAGUUCAAUGUGAUGCGACCCCGAAGCCUCGCACUUCAUCUUCUCGCAUCCCGUCCUCAAGUCCAAGACCUCGCUGAUUCCACUCGAUCUGAGUCAUCAGGUUCUGGGGACAAAGGCAGUUCGCCAUACGCAGCUCUAUGGCUCAGAGAAGUCAAUCGAUGCUUCCACAAAGCCCACACCCUCUGCUCUCCGAGCACUGUUCACGCAAAUCAUGUCAUUUUUCGCGGGUACAUAUGCCGAGGUAUUCUCAAUCACGGAAGGGCCACCGCUGCACGAUCCGCUUGCGGUAUCUGCCGCCAUCUACCCUGAAAUAUUCAAUGAUGAAGGCGGCGAACGUUUCCAAGUCGAUAUAGUCACUGAAGGAGUUCAUUCUUUGACUCAGUCCGAUGUGGGCGAGCUUGGCAGGACCAAGGUUACAAAGCUUCCCUCCGGCGAAGGGGGUUGCCGAAUUCCAAGAAGUGUGGACUUGGACAGGUUCUGGGAAAGCAUUGAAAGCUCACUAAAGAAAGCUGACGCUGUCAGUCCGAUGCCCAAGAUCUCCCGUGAAGAUCUGGAGAAAGAUGGCGUUUUCGUUGGCAUAGACUAGAACGGUGGGACCAUCCCAUGGUUACGACCCAAAGACCAUAUAUAACUUGAUC